CACGGCGCAUCAUUACAAUAGCGGGGGAGGGCCCCUCUCGGAUGACGGUCCCGGCUAUGGGAGGGUACGGAAGGCGGGACCAGAUCAGUGUCCGUUCCUCGGAGCUUGCGAGUCUGGGACUAGGGCUGGAGAGAUCGCCGGUGAGCAUCGUCACCACUCCAGCACGGAGCCUCGCUUGGCCGAACGCUGCGCCGUGCACUCGUCGGGAUUGCACAACAUUCCUGAGAAAUAUACCUGCUAUUUAUGGCAUGUGGCUGGUAACUUUAUUCCUGCUGUAUUCUUUACAAGAAGUGAACAGUGAGGAUGUGGUCUCGACGCGGCUGUACUUUGUAAACGCCUCCCUGCAGCGGGUGACCUUCUCCAGCUCGGUCGGGGUGUCCCUGCCCUGCCCCGCGGGCGGCGCACCCCAUGCCGUCCUGCGCUGGUACCUGGCCACCGGCGACGACAUCUACGACGUGCCCCACAUCCGCCACGUGCACGCCAACGGCACCCUCCAGCUCUACCCUUUCUCGCCCUCCGCCUUCAACAGCUACAUCCAUGACAACGACUACUUCUGCACCGCAGAGAACCAGGCCGGCAAGAUCCGCAGCCCCAGCAUCCACGUCAAAGCAGUAUUCAGGGAGCCCUAUACGGUGCGGGUGGCAGACCAGCGGUCCAUGCGGGGCAACGUGGCCGUGUUCAAGUGCCUCAUCCCCUCGGCCGUGCAGGAGUACGUCAGCGUGGUGUCCUGGGAGAAAGACACCGUCUCCAUGGUGCCAGGGAACCGUUUCUUCCUGACGUCGUUCGGGGCCCUGUACAUAUCAGAGGUUCAGAAGGAAGAUGCCCUGUCCACCUACCGCUGCAUCACCAAGCACAAAUACAGUGGAGAGACUCGCCAGAGCAACGGAGCCAGGCUCUCUGUUAUGGACCCUACGGAGUCCACCCCCUCAGUGUUGGACAGUUUCCAGUCCGGCGAGGUCCAAGUGGGACGUAAUGUGGAGCUGCCCUGCAUCGCCUCGGGCUACCCCAACCCCACCAUCCGCUGGCUGAAGGACGGACGCCCGCUGCCCGCCGACUCCCGCUGGACGCGCCGCCUCACGGGCCUGACGGUCAGCGAACUGCGUCUGGACGACAGCGGCAACUACAUCUGCGAGGUCACCAACAGCUUCGGCUCUAAAGAGGUGACCGGUCAUCUCAACGUCAUCGAGCCGUUGAGAGUGACUCUAUCUCCCAAGAACCUGAAGACGGGCAUCAGCAGCACGGUGAUCCUGUCGUGUGCCGUGCAGGGUUCUCCACACUUCACCCUGUCCUGGUACCGCAACACAGAACCCGUCCUCCCCGACCAGCACUUCUCCAUCCAGGGGGCCCACAACGAGACCCUGUUCAUCUCCGCUGCCCAGAAGAGACAUUCAGGUGCCUACCAGUGCUUCGCCACCCGCAAGGGCCAGACCGCACAGGACUUUUCCAUCAUACUGUUGGAGGAUGGUACGCCCCGUAUCGUGUCCUCCUUCAGUGAGCGUGUGGUGGUCCCGGGGGAACCUUUCUCCCUCAUGUGCGCUGCCAAAGGCGCCCCUCCCCCCACCAUCACCUGGACUCUGGAUGAUGAGGCUGUAGCCAGGGACCCGUCCCGGGUGAGGGCCAGCCAGUACACGCUGUCGGACGGCUCCACCGUGUCCCACGUCAACGUCAGCAGCCCAGAGAUCCGCGACGGAGGGGUGUAUCGCUGCGCCGCACGCAACUCGGCCGGUAGCGCCGAGUACCAAGCGCGCAUAAACGUAAGAGGUUCUCCCAGGAUCAGGGAUAUGCGUAACAUCACGGCGGUGGCUGGGAGGAACACCUUUAUAAACUGCCGUGUGAUUGGCUAUCCCUACUACUCAAUCAAGUGGUACAAGGAGGGACUUCUGCUGCCCGACAACCAUCGCCAGGUGGUGUAUGAGAAUGGUACUCUGAAGCUAAGUGACGUCCAGAAGGUCUUGGACGAGGGGGCGUACCUCUGCAGUGUGCUCAUCCAACCACAGAUCUUCAUCAGCCAGACCGUCUACGUCCAGGUCAAAGUGCCUCCUCUGAUCCAACCCUUUGACUUCCCCCCCACCUCCAUUGGGAAGCUCAUGUACAUCGCCUGCGUGGUGUCGUCUGGUGACAUGCCCAUCCACAUCACCUGGCGUAAGGACGGCCAGGAGAUCGUGCCCUCGUCCGGCGUCAACAUCGAGACCAAGGAGUACAUGAGCUCGCUGCAGAUCGGCAAGGUGUCGCUCAAGCACAACGGCAACUACACCUGCAUCGCUAGCAACGACGCCGCCACCGUCAGCUCUGAGAGACAGCUCACUGUCACAGUGCCUCCUCAGUUUGUGGUCCAGCCCAAUAACCAGGAUGGGAUCUACGGCAAGGCGGGGGUCCUCAACUGCUCCGUGGACGGAUACCCGCCUCCCAAAGUCAUGUGGAAGCACGCCAAAGGUAUAGGGAACCCCCAGCAGUACCACCCAGUGCCUCUGACCGGUCGGAUCCAGAUCAUGGGGAACGGCUCCCUGCUGAUCCGUCAUGUCCUGGAGGAGGACCGGGGAUACUACCUCUGUCAGGCCUCCAACGGCGUGGGCUCCGACAUCAGCAAGAGCAUGGUCCUGACGGUCAAGAUCCCAGCAAUGAUCACGUCGCACCCCAACACCACCAUGGCCAUUAAGGGCCAGAUUAAGGAGCUGAACUGCACAGCGAGGGGGGAGUGGCCUAUCAUCAUCCGUUGGGAGCGUGGUGACACGGUCAUCGACCCCGACCGUAACCCUCGCUACGCCAUCACCACCAGCCCCAACGAGAAGAGUGACGAAGUAUUGUCUACGCUGAAGCUGAAGCCAGCAGAGCGGGGUGACUCGGUCUUCUUCUCCUGCCAUGCCAUCAACUCAUAUGGAGAAGGCCGGGGCCUCAUCCAGCUCACUGUGCAAGAGCCCCCAGACCCUCCAGAGUUGGAGGUGAGGGAGGUGAAGGAUCGGAGUAUGAACCUGCGGUGGACUCAGAGAUUUGACGGCAACAGCAUCAUCACCAGCUACGACAUUGAGUACAAGAACAAGACCGAUCCGUGGGAGUUGAAGCAUGCCACCCGUAAGAUCUCUCCCACCAAUAACCAGGCCAACAUCGUGGAUCUACACCCUGCCCAAGUCUACAGCAUCCGCAUGUUCUCCUACAACAAGAUCGGACACAGUCAAGCCAGCAAGGAGCUCACCAUCAGCACAGAGGAAGCACAGCCGGAUGGUCCCCCUAUGGAGGUUUUCCUCCAGCCUAUGACCUCGCAGAGCAUCCGCGUCACCUGGAAGGCCCCCAGGAAAGAGCUUCAGAACGGGGUGAUCCGGGGGUACCAGAUCGGUUACCGUGAGAACGGGCCGGGCAGUAACGGCCAGUACAGCAUCGUAGAGAUGAAGGCUACUGGGGACAGUGAGGUGUACACCCUGGACAACCUGAAGAAGUUUGCCCAAUAUGGAGUGGUGGUCCAGGCCUUCAACAGGGCCGGCACAGGCCCCUCCAGCUCUGAGAUCAACGCUACCACACUGGAAGAUGUGCCCAGCCAGCCGCCCCAAAACGUGCGGGCCAUCUCGGUGACAUCAGACGAGGCGGUAAUCACGUGGGCGGAGCCCCCGCGUCUGACACUGCACGGCGUGCUGAAGGGUUACCGUGUGGUCUUCUGGUCCCUCUUCCCCGACGGAGGUGGGUGCUGUGGGGGCCCGACGUACCCUCUCCCGCACGAACGGGCACAGGGCCACACGCAGAAAUGGGGAGAGAUGCAGAACAUCACGACAUCUCGUGAGCAGGUGGAGCUGAGAGGGCUGGAGAAGUUUACUAAUUACAGUGUGCAGGUGCUGGCCUACACACAGGCUGGGGACGGGGUCAGGAGCAAUGUGCUGUACAUCCAGACCCGCGAGGACCACCCUGGCCCCCCGGCUGGCAUCAAAGCUGUGCCCUCAUCCACCAGCAGUGUGGUGGUUUCCUGGCUACCCCCGCACAAGCCCAAUGGAAUCAUCCGCAAGUACACCAUCUACUGCUCCAGCCCCGGAUCAGGCCAACCGGCCCCCAGUGAGUACGAGGCCAACCCCGAGCUGCUGUUCUACCGGGUCACCCACCUGAACCGCGGACAGCAGUACCUCAUCUGGGCCGCCGCCGUCACCACCGCCGGACGGGGGAACAUCAGCGACAAGGUCACUGUGGAGCCUGCUGGGAAGGCCCCAGCUAAGAUCCUAUCGUUCGGAGGUACAGUGACCACUCCCUGGAUGAAGGAGGUGAGGCUACCCUGCAGCUCAGUGGGCGAACCCACCCCCACCAUCAAAUGGACCAAAGACAGUGAGGACACAGCCAUCCCGGUAACUCUGGACGGUCAGAGGCUCAUCAUGGCCAAUGGCACGCUGGUCCUGCGCUCGGUGAAAGCUGAGGAUUCUGGGUACUACACGUGCACGGCCACCAACACGCUGGGCUUUGACACCAUCAUUGUCAACCUGCUGGUGCAAGUUCCUCCAGACCAGCCCCGUCUGACUGUCUCCACCACCUCCACCUCUUCUAUCACCCUGGCCUGGAUCCCUGGGGACAACGGAGGAUCCUCCAUCAGAGGUUUCGUGCUGCAGUACUCGGUGGACAACAUGGAGGGUUGGAGGGAUGUGUUCAUCAGUUCCAGUGAGAGGUCCUUCAAGCUGGACAACCUACGCUGUGGCACCUGGUACAAGGUCAAACUGGCCGCCAAGAACAGCGUGGGAGCGGGACGCAUCAGUGAAAUCAUCGAGGCUAAGACCCACGGACGAGAGCCCCAGUUCAAUAAGGACCAUCCGGUGUUCACUCACGUCAACUCUACCCAUGCCCGGCUCAACCUGCAGGGCUGGGCGAGCGGUGGCUGCCCCAUCACGGCCGUGCUGCUGGAGUUCAGACCUAAGGGGAACUGGGCGUGGCAGAAUGUUCGCACCAACGCCACCUCCGACGUGUUCCUGGCUGAGCUCCGCGAGGCCACCUGGUAUGAGCUGAAGAUGAAGGCGUGUAACAGCGCCGGCUGUGGGAACCAGAGCUCUCAGUUCGCCACGCUGGACUACGACGGCACAGGUACCAUCCCUCCCAUCAAGUCAGCGCGGCCCGAAGGCGACGACGUUAAGAAGCUCUUCUCCAUUGGCUGCCCCGUCAUCCUGGUCACUCUGGUCGUCGCCCUGCUCUUCGUCAUCCGCAAGAAACGCAAAGAGAAGAGACUGAAGAGACUGAGAGAUGCCAAAAGCCUGGCUGAGAUGCUGAUCAGCAGUAAGAAUAACCGGAGCUUUGACACCCCUGUGAAGGGGCCCCCCCAGGGCCCCCGACUUCACAUCGACAUCCCCAGAGUCCAGCUGCUCAUCGAGGAUAAGGAAGGCAUCAAACAGAUCGGUGAAGACAAAGCCACCAUCCCAGUGACGGACACAGAGUUCAGCCAGAACAUGAAUCCACAGAGCUUCUGUACGGGCGUGUCUGUGCAUCACCCCGCCCUCAUCCAGAACACCGGCCCUCUGAUUGACAUGUCUGACAUCAGACCAGGGACAAACCCGGUGUCGAGGAAGAGCGUGAAGUCCACCCACAGUACGAGGAACCGCUACUCCAGCCAGUGGACCCUGACCAAGUGCCAGUCGUCCACGCCCGCCCGUACCCUCACCUCCGACUGGCGCACCGUGGGCUCCCAGCAUGGCAUCACCGUCACCGAGAGCGACAGCUACAGCGCCAGCCUCUCACAGGACACGGAUAAGGGGCGUAACAGCAUGGUGUCCACAGAGAGCGCGUCCUCCACCUAUGAGGAGCUGGCGCGGGCCUACGAACACGCCAAGCUUGAGGAGCACCUGCAGCACGCCAAGUUUGAGAUCACCGAGUGCUUCAUCUCAGACAGUUCCUCAGACCAGAUGACCACGGGCACCAACGACAACGCUGACAGCAUGACCUCCAUGAGCACCCCGUCCGAAACGGGCCUGUGUCGCUUCACCGCCUCGCCACCCAAACCCCAGGACUACGACCGCGGCAGACCUACCAACGUAGCCGUGCCCAUCCCCCACCGCGCCAACAAGAGCGAGUGGACGGGCAAAAGUGACUACUGUAACCUUCCCCUCUACAUGAAGACAGACCCUUUCUUCCGGAAGCAGUCGGAGCUGCGUGACCCGUGCCCGGUGGUGCCGCCCCGCGAGGCCUCCAUCCGCAGCCUGGCCCAGCGGGCGUACCACUCCCAGGGCCGCCACAUGACUCUGGACUCCUCCAAGCAGCAGCAGGCUCUGACUGUGGGCCACGCUGGCCUGGCCGGCCUCAGCGCCUCAGGAGGAGCAUCGGGGGGUGGAAGCGGUGGUGCUGUAGGAGGGACAACUGGAGGGCCGUCUGGUGGUUCCAGCACCUCCUCCCUGCCCCAGAGGACUCUCACCAUGCCCGGCUCCUCUUCUUCCUCUGCCCAGAGCGCUGCAGCCGCUACCGACGCAGCCAGCGGGGGAGCCACGGGGGGAGAGUCCAGAGACUCUCUGCUGGAGAGCAGCUCGUCAGGCCUGGGCAGACUAGACAGACAGAAGCAGGCGGCUGGCGGGGCCUACUCCAAAUCUUAUACACUGGUGUAGCUGGAGCCACUGGCGUAGAUGUUGGAGCAUUGGGAAGGGUUAGGGGCCACACAGACACACGUACACACACCUGACUCCUGCACUGUCAGGCCAGAGGGGCCGCUCGGCAGGGGCCAGAUUGGGCUUUUAUAGCACAGGAGUUUGUCUUCUUUCUGCCUUUUUUCUCUCUCUCUUUCUCUUCCUCUCUCUAUUGUUUUGUUUUACCUUCCCUGGAAAGAACUAGCUAAACUCAAUAUCAUUUUUAUAUUUGUUUUUGCAAACUUUUUCUCUCUCUCACUCUCCCACUGUCCCUCUCUCUAUCUCUCUCUCUCUUUCGCUCUCUCCAAUUAUCUGUUGAGACACCUCAGAACUUAUGCACAAAAUACUUUCCAUGUGCACUUCCAAGUACUAAGAGAUGUAGUUUCACAUAAACCUGUCUAGAUGUUUUAGGCCGUUUUACGUGUUUCUUUUCACGUCUCUGAACAGAGAGUUCAGCGGUCAAACAGCAGCGCAUUGCCACGGAAAGUGCUUAUGCAUAAACCAACAACCUUGGUGUCUGUCUCUGGCCCUCCAAAGCCAUCCUGGUACGGACUCACACAAACAGGUCACAAACUGUGGUUUCCACAACCUUGUUGGAGGAGCCUUGGGGAAUUUUUUUCAUGCAAUUCAUGACACAGUAUAGAGUGUUACUGACUAUUUUAUAGGACAACAGGAAACAGAGCGAGGGGGAAAAAAACAGGAUUCGUCUUCAUAUGAAAGAUGAAUCUGAACUGUAUUUUUUUUAUGUUUGCUUUUCUCUUUUGGAAUAUAUAAACUCAUGUGCAUUAAAAGAGGGUAGAAUGGAUUCACAGAACCUUCACGAGUCUGCGUGUGUGCGUGUAUAUGUGUAAAUAUAUAUGUAUACAUGUGGCUGGCACACACCUGCAGUGGACCUUUUUAAUCAAUCUGUAUGCUGACUCCUUGGCGGAGGCGUGCGUUAAAAAAACUCCUGUCCAUUUGCUACUUGUGACAGUGGUUUGGGGACGAUGAUGUCACACUGUAUGACGUCACAUGUCGGUCUCUCCCUUCUGGACUUUGGUUGGCCCGGUGUGAUUGACACUGGCAGCGUCGCCUUGGAGAUGACGAGGAAGAUGGACAGAGAGAGGGAGUUGAUUUGCCGUUCAUUAGAGGCGCAAGGGUGAAAUGACCACCCCUCCUCUUGGCCCCUCUCUGUCAUUCUCUCCAAUCCCCUGAAGCAGGAAGAAUACCCUUUGUUCUGUCGUUCGUUUGCGCUUGGUGCCACACAUCCCCAUUCCUCCAUACCCCACCCCUCUGUCUACCUAAACACUUCCAACCCACCACACCACACCCCCAUCCUGCAAACCCCACCCCUCUGUCUACCUAAACACUUCCAACCCACCACACCCCCAUCCUCCAUGCCCCACCCCAUCCACACAGUCUCACUGUGACCUUCUAGCACACUCUGCUAGGCAGGCAGACAUUUAUGACAAUAGUUGGGACUGACUGACAAACGGACUGCAGGCCAACAGACGGACAGACAGACUGACAAAAGACGAACUCGACAGAAAGAUGGACGGAUAAACAGAUUUCAGAUUGAAACAGAGGAGAAUAUACAAAGGUGAUAAUGCAGCGAGGACCGUUGGUUUGCAGGGAGAGAUGGAUAGAUAAGGAAGACAAAGCGUCUGUGUAAGUGUUUAGGGAAGGAGGGAAGAGAUGGCAGGUGGACACGAGUUAGUUUGAUGAAAUGAAGUGGUCUCAAGGAUAAAUCUGUUAUCUAAGGCCCCCCCCAUCCCAUGUAAAUGUAUUGAAGCGGAUUGUCGGGUUCUGUUGGCGUUCCUUUUUUUUCUUUAUUUCCUUUAUUCUAAACCCAAAGCUGAGCCCCAUGACAAAGAACCCCCCCCCAAAAAAAUGAUUGCUCCCAAUGGAAAGUUUCACAUCAGGGCUCUCGCAAUAUAAUAAUAAAAAAUAUAUCAUAUUUGUUGUAAAAGAUAUGUACAUAUAUAUUUAUAUCUAAAUAUAUCGAAAAUAUAUAACUGUUAAAUAAAGCAGAGAGAUAUAAAGUCAUCGUAAUUGAAAAUAUAUGAAAAUAUAACUCAUGAGACAAUCGCUCAGUGGAAGACGCCGCGAGUUAAGAGGAAGAGUGAAGGAAGAGGAGAACGGGAAACGGCUAGCACAACCAAGAAAAGAUAUAGAGAGAUGAAAUUGAGCGUUAGCUACGGUAUCUGAGGCCGAGUUUGGGGACGUGAACAUUGAUGCCAUGGCCUCAUAGUCGUUUGCCCCUCUGCCAGGUACAUAGGUAGCUACAGUGCAGGAACAGAACUACACCAAACAUGCCAUUCAGGAUGUAACCCUAAGUAUCUACUGGAAGUAGUUAAGGCCCAGUGAUGGGUAGUACCUUAGUCAGUGAGGCUGGUUGCAAUCUAAUGCAGUCUAUUUGCAUUUUGUAAUGGCUUGUGUCAGAAUGGCUUGUGUGUCAGUGAACCCCAUGGUAGCCAGUGUGGUUACUGUGUUUAAUAACAUCAGACCUGUCGUUGAUUUGGUUUGGAGUUGCCUCUGUGGUCCACCGUGGUGGAAAGUAGACGACACUGCGGUAGUUUUGGGGUCAUAGUGGCUUUUGUGGUCAGUGAGGUAAAGUGCAUUCAUUGUGGUCAGCAAGACCCUCUUUUAAUUGUACCUGUAGAAAGGGUGAGGGACAUCACUGACAUAAGAAAGAAAGAUUUCAGGGAACCUUUAACCGUUUAUAAGCACUAGUUAGUGAGCGGUACAGUAGCUUCAGCACUGAGUCACAUAGCUUAGGCAACAUCCCGUGUUGAUUUCAGUUUAGAGCCUAACCCUGGCACAACUAACCCUGGCACAACUAACCCUGGCACAACUAACCCUGGCACAUGGGAAUUCAGGUAACAGUAGUGGGCCAUGCCACAGUGCCAACCCACAUUCUUAUUGUGUACGUCCCCAAAUCUAAGGCCAACUUAGAAGUAUGACCCUACUUCAGGUGUUAAGAGAGUACAAAUGGUAGAACCAAAUGUAACCUGUUGUACUGUACCUUCCGAAGGUGUGUUCUGUUGACAACCUCCAUGACGUCGCAUGACUGAACUUAAUGAAGACAGCGCAUAGUGACCUCUGUGUCUUACCGUUGUCAUUAUGUCCCUGCACAGUACUCCUUUUCCGGACAUACAUAUAACUGUUAUAACUGCUCAUAACUGACAACAGUCACGCUCCCUGCCUGUUGCAGACAGUGAACAGGACAGGGAGAGUAGGCAGAGAGAAGAACAUUUCCUUUCCAUGAAUAUUAUUAUGGUACUGUUUAUUUUGUUUUGGCUUCCUUGGUUAUGCAAUUCUUUUGAAAUGGUUUGCUUUGAGACACACGGUGGUGUCACGUGAAGGGGCAGGCCUGUUUAGCCAAUUGAAAUCAGGGACUCCCUAGCUCCAACCAAUCACAGGAAAAGCUGUGUGCAUAUUGGAUGGGGUCAGGAGUCAAACUCCCCACUCUACCCUGACCUUUGCCCCACCUAUUUGACCAAUCAGACUCUCAGUUACACCUGGUAAUAACGUGUCCUGUGAUCAGAUUUGUCCCAAAUGGUCUACUCCAACCCAAUUUGAUUGGGUGUGACCGGAUGUGACCCCAGAUCCAUUACCAGGACACAUGUUAAUAUCAGGUCUCAAAGGGGUCUCAGAUUUUACCCCUACCCGCACCUCCUACCCCAACAGCAUUGCUACCCCACUAUUAAAGACUCUUGUACAUAGCAAAGUGUUUUGUAUAAAUAAGUACUAUUUUCAACAUCUCCAAAUGAAACCAGGGCACAAUGUAAACUUUGAUUCAAGUUAUAACUUUAAACAGGAGAGGGUUAAAGAAAACUAUAGCAUUAUAGUAACACUGCUUAGAAUUCGAUUUUUGAAUGGGGCAAAAAAAAUUAUCCAGAAUUGCUUUCACAAUUGGUUCCUCUUUUUCAAGAAGUUUUACUGAGAUUAAAAUGUUUGGGCCAUUGGUUGCUUUGUAUUGAUUUUCUUUCUAGUUCACUUUUUUUUAUUUCAUUUUUUAUUUCUGUUGAGGAAAAACGGCAUUGCAUGCUCUGAAUUAUUUGUUGGGUAUAAAAAGAAAAAUGGAGAAACAAAUUUAUGACAAAGGGGUGAGGGAAAAAGCGUUUUAAAAAAUAUAGAGAGAGUUCUUAAACUUUUAUGGAAAAUUUGCUUCAAUUUGCAAUUGCUUGUUUAACUCUACUGUUUUUUUUUCUAUGAAAACAAACAAAACCAGAAAAAGAGUACUCCAACACCUUGUGCAAUAAAGCUAUCUUUCUAUGAGUCA